CAUACACAUUGAUCCCUUUAUUCCCACACAAAAUCUCCCACAGACGAAGAAGAAGAAGAAGAAGAAGCCCCUCUUCUCAUCAUGACCAGCCAAUACAUUGCCUCGGUCCCCUCCGACGGCAGCAUCCCGUCGGAAAUCGUCGAAUACUUUUCCAAAUUCUACGAAAUUUCCGAUUCUCCUGCCAAUCACGAAAAAUAUGCGGAUAUGUUUACGGCGGAUGGGACGAUUAUUAUGGCUUCGAAUCGGGUACAGGGUCGGGAGGCAAUUAUUAAACUCCGACAUGGCAUGUGGGAAAAAGUGGCAAAGCGAUCACAUGUUCCGAAGCAGUUGUUUGGAUUGGGAAAGGGGUCGGAGGAGGAAGUCAUGUUGUAUGGGACAGUGGAUUAUACGUUGAAGGAUGGGAGGGGUACGACGGUGGAUUGGUCUGCGAGAGCACAUUUUGUGAAGAAAGAAGGGGAAGAGUUGAAGAUGGAUUUUUAUCAGGUUUAUUUGGAUACUGCGGCCAUGGCGAAUGCUAAGUAAAAAAUUCCUAUCUCACCUGUAUGACAAUCUCGAAACGAAUUGAAAUGGGUCGAUGGUUUAUGAAAUGAAAAUCAGCAAAAC